AUGCCGUUCUUUCCUGAAAACUCUGCUACCCUUCACUCAGCAUCCUUCAACCGGAGCCUGACCCAGCAAGGCCGUCGCAGCUGGCUGGUCGGCAAGACCACCAUGUCGGCAGAUGACCUCAUGAUGCUUGACGGCAUCGGCAGCGCUGGCAAUGUACUGGAUGUGCCGCGCGUUCGCCCGGUGGUUCAAUCACGAGAGGCGACUACUAAGUGCCUCUCUCUACCAGACCUCUACAAACCUUUCCAGGAUCAACCAGAACAAACAAUGGAGUCCGGUUCGGGAAAAGGUCCCAAGUUUCCUAGCAGUAGGAGGAAUGUUCCAGCCCCAGCACAAUCGCCGGACCAUGUACCAAUCUCAGCAUCGCUGACACCAGCGCAUCAAGACCAGAGUGGCAAGCCCGGUCUGCUACCUGUAUCGGUAGCGACGCAAAAUUGCAGAAGAAAGCCGUCUCUGACCGGGUCCGAGAGAAGCAAUCGCAGCUCCCUCGACCAGGCAACGAUUCACUUGGCCGCAUUGGAGACCGCUGCAGAGCCCUCGAAACACCAAAGCUUUGGGGACAACUUCUUCAUGCCAUCCGUUGGCUCCGAUGCAGAUGAUGAGAUGACGGAUACGGAGAAAUCUCCCGGCCUAACGCCGCCAAUAGCAACGGAAGGAGGCAAGGGCAUCGUUCGAUCCGUGAGUUCCGCUGACAGAUGGGCGGCAGCUUCAGUAGCCCAGGAUAAGGCAGCAAAGGCAGUAUCCACGAGCGCAGAAGGCAACUGGGUGUCACUGCGGAGCGUCGUUCGUCAGGAUUACUCGAACGUGGCCCAUGGUGAAAAUCCAAUGGAAGCCGGAAGGAUACAGAAGCCACACGACGCCUCGAUAUCGCCAUGUUCCUCCCCGAAGCCUCGCCAACUAGACAGUUUGCCAAAGGCUGGGCGGAUGUACCAGGACGAGGAGCUUGAAAUCGAAGAGGAAAUACUUGAAUUCCAGUGCAUGUACCCAUCCACGGCGUCUGGUGUUGAUGCCCAGCCCAUCACAGUGGCAUCGGCCUUCUCACUGACGGAGCAGGAUGGGCCCUGCAGCCUCCUACCCACGCCAGUGGGCAGCUGCAACCUGCCAGACUUCAUGAGGGACAGUCCCAAGUCGAACACCCUUGCCAGGAACGACGGACCACUACAGUCCAAUCUGGUGAUCCUGGACUAUCCCGAUGAGAUCUCCCGAACCGGCAACAAAUGUCGACAACGGGCGUAUUCUCACCCAACGAGUGUUGACUCCACUACUGUGAACAUCAAUGAUGACAAUGUAGCGUCCACAGCGGCUGCACACAGUACCCUAAGCCACUCCACAAGCCUGCCAUGGGACUACAUACAAGAGCAGGAGAAUAAGAAAAGCGGCGGCCGCAGUCGGUGGCGCAAGGCGGUGCACAACGUGGUGCACACGCUCCCGCGAGCCGGAUCGGCCAUUCGCAAGGCCGUCUCCUCGCAGAGUCUGCAAGCGGCCACGUGGAACGAUCCGGACGUGUCCGCCGAACAGGAGGCUGCGUACGCUGCAAAGCGCCUGCAGAACACACGAGCAUCUAGCGUCACCGAUAUGCGCUCCGUGGCUGCAUCGGCUGACGGUCGUUCGCUGCACUCCUCCUGUGAUGCAGCUAGCAGGAAUAGCCUAUCGUCUGCCAAAAGCAUGUCCGCAAUUCAUCAUGCCUCUGAUGAUAUACAUGUAACUGAAAGCAAAACUCCAUCCCUGAGUAUGUGCAGUGUGCGAGACGAUCCAUAUGUACAUGUCUCUGAUAAUCAACAAGGGCAAGCGCCGCAAAUCCGAACAUCUGCAACCGGCCCUUAUGACCGCUGGUCCACUUUGCAAGGCAGGUCUGCAGAGUAUGCUAGUCUUCCGGCAUCAUUGCGGGACGACUCGCCACAGUACGCUAGCAGCGAGCCCGGGUCACGUGUCAAUCUUGCCACUGUCGGUGUUGCUGAACCAGCCGGAGUGAGUCAGUCCUUCAAGCGGAGCGGCUCAACUGGUGAACUGGCGAAGAAAGAUCGCCGACCGAUGUCAUUGUUACGUCACGUGCUCCGACGAUCAAGUUCCGUGGAUGUGCCAUAUUUAGAGCAGGAACCGAAGAAGAUCGGGCCGCCAGUUCCACGGUCGAUCCACACAGGUGAAGAAAUGGCGUCGCCCAUUUCGAAGUUCAGGGAGAGGACCAUGGGCGCGAUACUGGAAGAGCCGAAGGAGGACAGCUUGACGAAGAUCCAUCGACUGCAGAGCGUCGUGUCGGCCGAAGUAAGGCGGAUAAGCGAGGCCCAACAUCGGCCGACACGCACCAGACCAUUUUCUGUAGCACUACGACAGCCGGGCACGUGUCCACGUGUGUCUGAAACGUCCUACACAGGCUCCGUGUUCGUCGACGGAAGCACGACUGACGAGAUGUGUCAGCUUGACGACACUGAAGACUCAGCGUUCGAGGAAGAAAACUCGGCAGCAACGUCGCGCUCGAGUAUUGGCCGCGGCGAGGUUCACCGCCCAAACCCACGCAGAGAAGGAUCCAGGGCGCUGGCUCGCGCGUGGCCUGGUCGCUCUAAGUCUAAGAGUAAGAAGCCAUCCUGUUUAGGCGCCGCCAAGCAGGCAGCUCGCGUCCCUGCCAGUCAGCAGCGGCAGGCUGCCCGCGUCACUCGCCUGUCGAGCCAAGCAGCACACGCCACGUCGACGUCACAGUCCUGCGGCCGCGGCCCAUCAUGGAUCAAGGCACCGCCAUCUUGCCUGUCAUCUGACGAAACCAUAGUAACUGAUUACUAUGAUUACUCGCGUCCGGAAAGCAGAUUAGCGCCGGUCAAGGACAGUAACCAAGAUAUGUUGGCUGAAGAGGAUGAUUCCCGGGCAUCGCCGCGUAAAACUGCAACAGUGACCACAUUCCUAUCCAAGACGGGGAGUGAUUGCGAGGCAAGUGGCGUAGAGGAGAGUCCGCUGCGCCAUCCACAGUCUUUUCAGAGUCCCGUACCCACAGUCCAAGCAGCACUCCGCAGCCUUGAGAAGCACUCUGCCCAAUUACAGUCCACCAUGGAUGAAGGUCCAUCCCAAAACCGAACACACGUAUCACUCUCUAGAACAUCGCCACUUCAAGGUCUGCCCAGUGGCAGUGACAAGAAAACGCUGCCCAAGGUUGCGCGCCACUUCUGCCAGUGCCAGAGAUGCGGCAGCGUCGACAGCCUGUUCGAACUCGGUAUAUCGCACUGUGACGCCGAGGACAAUGCACCGGACGCCAAUGCGGCGACAUCUGACACGUCGUCCGCUGAACACCCCAAGCUGCCACACGGUUAUUUCCUGGUUGACAAGCGGUAUGCACAGAUGACGACCCCCCUAUAGAUAACGCACUUUGUCCUGCCGCUGAUGACAGCAGUAUGAGUUUGGAAUGGUAAGUAUCACAUUGAGCCAAAGCCAUGAAUAGACAAUUAGCGUUUAUUAUAAAAUAAUUUUGAUGGCUUUGGACGGAAUUGUGCUCUGACGAAGUGAUGCGUCCAGUCUAGGCUCAGAAGUCAAUCUGGACCCUGUUCAACCCUCCUACCGUAACGCUUACAUGUUCCCACACGUGUACUUUUAGAUGUUCCCGGUGUUUUCUGGGCACGUCCGCUUGAUCUGGGUGUUCAGCCUAA